AUGGCUGCCGCUGUCGCUGUUCCCCUGUCCACUAUCAACGGCGCGCUAGGUGGAGUGCUACCUCCCAGCGCCCUUACUCAGCACUCGCCCCGCCAUGGCCGGAGUAGAGCGAUGAGCAUGAAGGGCAAGGGAGGUCGGCAACGCGGUUAUAGUGUGGUCGAGGAGCGGGAUGUCACCAUUGCCAAGGCACUCAUGUUUGUGGUUAAACGAGCAAUCCAGAAGGAGGAUGUCGAAGAAGACGAGGAUGGGGAGUACCUUGUGGCAGACCCGGAGGGCUGGAUUAGCCUUGCUGACGUGCUCACGCACUCUCGGAUUUCGGCAUUGGGCGCUACCAUCGAGGAUAUUCAACGGGUCGUUGGGACUGCGGCCAAGUCGCGAUUUGACCUGCGGCUGGUGUCCGACACAGAAGGCAAUGCUGAGGAGCCAGCAUCUUGGCAGAUCUCUCGCAUUGCUAGCAAGGAAACCGUCACCUCGCCCACCCCGGUUGGAGACAAACUGACCGCCGAGUCGCCCAACAUCCCGGAGUUUGUCGUGUACGAGACGUCAUACCAGCGAUACCCCCUCAUCCUGGCACUGGGAGCCAUCACCAGAGCCCCCGGCGCCAGCGAGUAUCGUACAUUUGUGCCGGUCACGGUGGAUAACGAAGGAAAUGAAUCACGCCAGAGCCCCGCCGGGGAAACUGCCGAGGUCAGUGUUUGGGUCCAUUUGCGUACAGCCCUGCAGGCAGAGCCGUCCAUCACAUGGUAUCGCAGCGAUAGUGGGACUAUCAUCACCACCGACAAUAUCCCAAAAGGCCUUUGGAAAAAGGCAAUUGCGCGCCGGCCUGACCUCGGUAUCGUGUUUGAGGAUGGCGAGACUCGUAAAGAGAUCCCAGUGAACCUUCGUGGCAAGGGUGCCAAGGGCAGAGCUCGCAAGGGCAAGGUGGUUGGGGUGAAAGAGGAGGGUAGUGGCGACGAUUCUGGAAGCGCUAGCGAGGAGUAA